AUGGCAACCCAACGCCUGCCAAUCCUGACCCAACACUGCCGUUUCUGCAGCCAUCUCCUCCUCUCCACAACGCGCGAUAUAUCAACCCUCCCCCGCCGCGGCGGCGACGGCCUCGACAAAGCAAUAAUAAUCCCCCUCUCCGCCGAAUCCACAUCUACCACCGACUCCAACGCCGAGUCUAAAAACCACAUAACCCUCCUCCUAUCAACAACAAUACCGGAUCGUCGAGCGACGCUAAUCAGACGCGAAGACGGGAUCGAGAAGAGGAUACUUUUGCGCUGUGGUCGGUGCCGGGUCGUCGUGGGGUAUUAUUUGGAUAAAGUGCAUUGGGGCACAAAGGCACAACAGGACGAAGGAGAGGGGGAAGGGGAGGAGAAGCCGCCGGCGGUUUAUAUUCUUCCUGGGGCUCUCGUUGGGACGGAGGGAAUGGGGGGUGAGGGGGUGGGCGAGAGGGAGUGGAGGGAGUGGAACGGGGAAUAA